AUGGACCGCAAGAAGAUUGUUCACCGGCUGGACACCCCCUAUUCCGCUGUUGAGUGGCCACAGAUCAGCCAGGAAGAUCAAGAUACCAUUCUAGAGCUUCUUUGUCGUCUUCUCGCGCCUCUUGGGGAGCACCGGAAGUCAUACGUCACGCCGUCCAAAGGGCAGCGAAAGCGUUUACGGAAGCCCGAAGCACAGGGUGUCGCUGCAGCAGCAGCAGCACCUUCGGCCCCGCCUGUUCCAGGGUUGUCUGCCUACGUCGACGUCGGGCUGUCCGCCAUCUCAAGAAACCUGCAGGCCGUGACAGACCGAGCAGGCGACGCAGAACUCGCCCCAGAUGAGACGGCAACCUCGAAAAAAAUACCAGCCCCCUACAGCCUUGUUUUCGUGGCUCGCUCCGGCCAGUCGUCAGCCUUCCACUGCCACUUCCCCCAGAUGGCCGCGCUUGCGUCAAAGUCGCGGCCGGCGGGAAAAGCCAUCAGACUAGUCGGCUUCUCCAAGUCGUGCGAAGAGCGGCUGUCGGCUGCGCUCGGGAUCCCCCGGGUCUCGAGUAUUGCCCUCCGGGAAGAUGCGCCGCAGGCCAAAGGGCUAGUCGAUUUCGUGCGCGAGCACGUGUCCCCCGUCGAGAUUGCAUGGCUGGAGGAAUCCCAUAGUGGCCACUUCCUCGAGACCAAGAUAGAUGCCGUCCAGACCGCCGUCGGGUCCAAGAAGCCGAGAUACUCAUGA